UUGCUUUUGAAAAUAACAGUGGGAAAAAAACAACAUGGCAAAGAAAAACAAAGGGCAGCAACAACAACAACAACAAGGGAACGCUCGGACGCAAGGGCACAGCAACGGCAGCGUCGAUGAUGCAGCCACAGAAGAUUGGAAGGCAGACUCGAAAGCGAGCGAUUCGCUUCUCGCACUCACUCCAGGCACCGCCAGUGAGACUGGAGUGGAACGGCGAACACGGCCGCGUGCUACAAAGCUGCAUAUCGACUUUCUCAAGACGGCCAUAGAGGACACGCAGGAGACGAUUCGAUUCCUCGACACCAAAGCAGGCAUGAUUGUCGCCUUUGAAUCAGUGUUAUUGAGUGGCGCUCUGUUCGAGGCAGGCGGUAUGGAAGUACUACAGGCAUUGUUGAAUCGAGGCUACAGUGGAUUUAUUGGUGCAAUGCUCUUCGGCUUGCUCCUCUUUUCCGCCAUGAUUGUCUACCACGUCCAGCUCACGUUGAGAGCCAUCUUCCCAGCCGAAAACCCCUCCAAGCAUGUAGACAACGGGGGGCUUGAGCCACCCAACACGUUUCUGCUGUGGAGGAUGGACAAGAACGGCAUGAUGCAGCCUUCGCUGCCAACGUAUCUGGCCCAAGUUACGGCCAUGGACGAGGACGACGUUGCGACCGAGCUGUCGUCGCAACUACUCAAGCUGAGCUACAUUCGAAAGCGCAAGCAAGACAUUCUCUCGAAAUCGUUCUUGUGGCUCUUUGGUCUGGUGAUUGCCUUCAUCGCAGUGCAGCUGUUGCAUCUUGUGGCGAGCUUGUAUGAUCAGGACGGCUGAGCGCAGCAAGCGCAGCACACAUUCAAUAAAAAAUGGAUGUUGAGAAGGGAUUCGUUGUUUCGUUGCUUCAAGAAAAAAUAAAAGUUUCAGGAAAA